AUGGAUCAACAACCAAGCACGAGUGCCGACUUUGGAAACCAUCAAGGCUACUCGCAAGGACCUCUUCCGUAUGGACACAAUCAGUGGAACGACCAGUCGCAGCCCUCGUACCAACAACCGCCGUUGUACUCGACAGCGCCUCAGAUCGGCGCAAAUCAUUCCAACACUCCGCAAUACAAUGAACAAGCAGAGGAACCCCUUCAAGACCAGUAUUAUCGGCAGGCUUUCCAGGGUGACGGGACCAACCCAGCUCUGCUCACAACGGCAAGGCCAGUAAGCGACGAUAUGUUCCACUCUGCCGGAUACAAUGACCAGAUGGUCGCAAUCGGAGAACAAUUCAGUCAAUCGGCAGGUCCUUGGGAGUCUGAGACAGAGUACCAUGGCCCACAGGACGUUGCACAAUACAGCACUGGACACGAUGUCAACGUCCACGUGGGUCGGGCCAUUGGUCAGUGGUAUGAUACUCGUAUCGAUGCUGGAAUACAUCUCCUCGAUGAUCCUGGAAAUUCUACCGCCAACGGUAGAUGUUAUGAGCCAUUGGUAGAUGGACAGGAGAGCAUCCCUAUCAGCACUGUUCUCGGAAGAGCACCUGGCUAUGACGCCAGCCUUGUUCACACCAUGAGGCAAGUGCCGAAAUAUCAGAGCGGUCACCCUAGCGGACCCAGCAUGGCACUCACUUGGCCUAUCGACUUUGCUCUCGGUCAGGAUCAAACUGCAACCGUCCCGCCUCAGGCAUCCGAUGUAUUUUCAGCACGACAACAGCCCGAUGCUUGGCGGUGCGGUCAAGUGAUAGAUACUCCAGUACCUGGUAUCAUCUGCGCACCCAGUGCUCUCAACAAUGUGAAUCGGGCUGGCUCCAAUCCUCCCACUCGCCUGGUCUCGAAUGAUCAGCUCCAGGCCCAUGAGCACGCGCUUUCGACCGAGCGCACACCUUCAGUAACGAGUUCUGUGCCGGGCGGCAGGACGAGGCGUUGCUCGUUCAGAGUGUGCGGUGCGGUGUAUAGUGGGUUCUACGCAAGUGGAAAUCUGGCCAGACACAUUAGGUUGAAGCACCGUGGCGAAGUUAGGCGAUACCAGUGCGAGGCUGAUGGAUGCACAUCGGCCUUCAAUAGACAGGAUGCUCGGCUCAAUCACUACCGCAAACACCAUCCGGAUCUGGCGGCUGAGCCUGCUGUGUUGCGAAAGACCUCGACGUCAACCGGUCGUACAAGCGAUCAGGACCACAUGGAUUGCUCUCCAAGCAGUUACAGCCACACGUCGCUGUGUGAAAGCCAAGGUCUCGAUGACUACGAUGUGUCGUCUCUCUCUUUCAAUAACGAUGGUGAGCGGCAUUAG